AUGCUAACGUGGCUAACAUCCUCUCUGCCUUUGACUGCUGCAGCUAACUCGUUGUCAUCCGCUUUACUUCAGUUGUUUACAUACGUAUCUGAAACAGUUUGAGUCGCUAAAGUUAUGUAGAAUAAAUUUAGAAAUAAAUAUACUUCUGAUAAAGAGGAGAUCCAAAACUAUUCGCUUUGGUUGGAUAAUGAUAGACACACAGAGGUCAUUUCAGGUUCACUUGUCACAAACUAAUAAGAGGAAACCUCAGCUCAGCGGCUUGCAGCCAUCGAAGUGAUUCAUUGGCUCGGUUUAAACUCCUGAUUGGGUUGGAAGAUGAAGAUCGCUUUGUUGGGAGCCACAGGGCAGACCGGACAGUUUCUGGUCAAACAGGCGCUGGAGCAGGGCCACACGGUCACCGCCAUCGUCAGGAACCCGGCGAAGCUCACAGUGCACCAUGACAACCUCAAGGUUGUGUCGGCUGAUAUUUUCUCGGCAGACAGCCUGAAGCCUCAUUUCAAAGACCAGGAUGUCGUCAUGUCCUGCCUCGGCUUCCCGGCUUCCGUCUUCUCCGGUGUGACGGGCUACACCAUGUCGAUGGCGGCCGUGGUCGGCGCCAUGAGAGAGGCCCGGGUCAACAGGGUCAUCACCAUGACCUCUUGGUACACAGACCCUAACUCUGGAACCCAGUCUCCGUUCCUGAUCCGGUUCCUUCUCCUGCCGAUGAUCCGCAGCGUCCUCAGCAACAUGUACGAGAUGGAGCGCUUCCUGCAGAAAACCGAGGACAUCAACUGGACCGUGGUUCGGCCGCCCGGCCUCAAGAACCUGGGAGCCUCAGCUCAGGAGUUUCUGACCCACGAGGGAUACUUUGUGCCUGACAGCAGCGGUCAGGUGGGAAGAGGAGACGUGGCUCGCUUCAUGCUGUCCCUGCUGAACAGCAACGCCUGGGUCAAGAAGGGCGUCGCAUUCACCACCAAAUAAACAAGAGACGUUUUCUGGUUUUGCUGCACUACAAAAACAAAAUCUUCCCAAGUAUUUUGGUCUAGUUUUUAGUGCAAAUGUUUUAGUUCACUUGAAAUAAAAACUAACUCAUAAGCUAGGUUGUUUAGAGUCAACAACUCCUACAUAUGGCUGAAAAAGUUUUAGUUUUUCUCCUAUAAUGUUGGGACAGUUGCAUAAGUUAUGGAAAUAUUUACUUAAAACAAUAACUUCGCUGAGAAGUUAUUGUAAUUUAUCUCAAGUGUAGUAAGAUAUUUUCAGUAGAAACUAAGAAAAUUACUUGGUGAAAUGUUGUGCUUUACAUUAACCAAAGCUUAAAUGAAGAGGCGUCCUCACUGUGCCUGCUCUUAUUACUAAAAAUAAAUGUCAUAUGUUGUGUUCCAGUUGAAAUGCAUCAUAAAAGUCCAGUUUUGUCUGCGCUCUUGAAUUUAUCCGUCUAAAUGACCAAAAGAAGAAUUAAUUCACUGGGCUUUAAAAUAUUUCUGAUUCAGUUUAUAGGCGGUUAUCACCAUUUAGUCACUACUCUUACGGUACUAAAGGGCAAAAAUGAUUGAUAGGAUCAUUUUUCCAGACAUAUGAAUAUUUAAUAAGUCUGUAAACACGUUUCCCUAAUAAAACUAUCAGCUUUACUUAAUCUGAGAUUUGAGUUAAAGUUGUAUUUAGAAAGGUUUAGAAAAUCUGCAGCGUUUUUGGAUGAACUCUGUUAAAAAAAUAUUCUUACGGUGGAUAAAACAUUACAGUUAUUAUCUUGAUGAAUGCCUUCAUUUACUCUGAUGUGUUUUUAUACUCUUAAAAUCUUUUGGCAUGAAAGUCCAGAAAUAUGAGAAUCCAGAAGAGCUACAAUCCAUGAAACAAAAAAAAAAAAAAAGCAGCCUUAAUUGAAUUAGGAAAAUAUAAGAUUUUUCUUGUGUAAUUUUUGAAAUGUAAAUUAUA